AUGAUUAUGGAAUUUACAAGUGAGAAUUUCUCCGUCGUUGGCCAUCAUUCGAAGGGGAGCGAGUACUACAUGGGAGCAGGAGCAACCCUGGAACAAGUUAUGGAGAGCAUGGAGGGGGGGUCUUUCUACAACAAGAAUGCCUCGAAACGCAUCCAAGCCUUUAUUAACAUGGACAGCAACGAGCACCCGGAAAGGAUUGGAAAGCCGCCCGCUCAUGAAGACACUGCGAAUGUCAAUUACAGCGUUUCAAAGUCGAUGGGCCAAGCUGUGUGUUCUGAACUAUCAAGACCCAUUGAAAACUACUGUAACAUGAAGGUUUCACCGCCAAAAGGGCUAGAGGAAAAAUCCAUUGGAGAUCAAAGCAUUGAUAAGAGUGACUCUAAUGUCUCUAGCACGAAGAAGCGGAGAAAUAGGACAACAUUCACCAGUUUACAGUUAGAGGAGCUGGAGAAGGUUUUCCAGAAAACCCAUUACCCAGACGUGUAUGCCAGGGAGCAGCUGGCUUUACGGACUGAGCUUACAGAGGCGAGAGUACAGGUUUGGUUUCAAAAUAGAAGAGCGAAAUGGAGAAAGAGGGAACGCUAUGGACAAUUACAACAAGCUCGAAACCACUUUGCAACCUCCUAUGAUGUCUCUCUUCUACCCCGGACAGAGCCUUAUUCACAGUUGCAAAACAAUUUGUGGGCAGGCAAUAACUCCACUGGCUCAGCAGUUUCGUCCUGUAUAUUACCACGUGAAUCAUCCCCCUGUAUGUCACCUUACCCUCACUCACACAGAAAUGGCACUUCCUACAUGGGCAUAUCAAAUCACCAAAGCCAGUUCAAUCAAGUUGCUCUCAACAACCUAUUCAAUGACUCAGUACUGUCUGGUUCAUCUGAUGGACAUGCCUUCGAACCAAGGCCAGAGUGUGAACGGAGAUCAUCAAGCAUUGCUGUGCUUCGGAUGAAAGCCAAGGAACACACUGCCAACAUAUCAUGGGCCAUGUAAUGGAAAUUUAAUGAAAACAGAAGACAAAUGAUUAAUGAACAUAUCUGGGCCAUUCUGCUCCUGGAAAACUUUAAUAAGCUGCUACAUCUUAAAUAAGGAAGUAGUUGAAUGCACAUCAGAGGAGAACAAUACACAAGGUUUUCUUGUAGAGCUCUUUUAAUACUAACAC